UUCGUUUUCUACUGUUCAAAAAUCCCUUUUCAUCAACAUAAUGUUCAUCAUAUUUAAUAAAUCCGUGUUCUAAAGGGAAUAUUCAGAAAUUCAGACAGUUCAACUGCUUAUUUUAUUAGUCAUUUGUGACUUCUUCAGUCAUUCUCUAAAUUUCUUGCAUGUGGUCUUUUGGUGCCCCUUUUACACUCUUUCACACUUGGUUGUCAAUUAUCACAUUUCCCUGUAAGCUUUCUUCUGUUGUUUGAUCACCCUCACACUGAUCCAACUUCUUUUGAGAAAGUCUCAUCUCAAUUACAAUUAGUAUCACACUAUCACUAUAUUCUUCUAAACCAAGAGCAAUGCAUCACAAAAUGGUUUCACAUUCACUUAUGCUAGUUUAGUAGUUUGAUUGUGAGAUUCAGCAUUUCAGCUGUUUGAUUUGUUCUUCUCAACUACUUUUGUUGAGGUUGUUACUUGUGAACAGUGCUUCAAACUUUCACAAUUGCCUAAACUAAUAGCAAUGAUCACAAAAUGGUUUCCAGUUCAUCAAUGCUAGUUCUUUUUAUAUCCGUAAGAAUGGAACACAGUAUUAGGGGUUACAAUACUCACACAUUUUGCUCGACUAAUUGAGCUAGACCCCUUGGUAUUAAUGCUAGUCUUGCUGUGAGAUUCAGCUGUUUGAUUUGUUCUUCUCAACUACUUUUGUUGAGAUUGUUACUUGUGAAGAGUGCUUCAAACCUUCACAUCACAAAAUGGUUUCCAUUUCAUUAAUGGUAGGUUUUUUUUAUCUGUAGAAAUUAAACACUGUUUGAUUUGUUCUUCUCAAGCACUUUUGUUGAAUUUGUUAAUUCAAAAUGCCAACUACAUAUUUCCCACUAAGGUGGGAGAGCACUGGGGACCAAUGGUGGUAUGCAUCACCAAUAGAUUGUGCUGCUGCAAAUGGCCACUAUGACUUGGUUCGUGAGCUGCUAAGAAUUGACAACAACCACCUCUUCAAGCUCACUUCCCUUCGCCGAAUUCGCCGCCUUGAAGUCGUGUGGGAUGAUGAAGAACAACAACAGUUCAGUGAUGUUGCAAAGUGCCGCUCACAGGUGGCACAUAAGCUGCUUCUUGAGUGUGAUUCCAAGGGAAGAAGCAGCAGCAAGAACUCUCUCAUCCGUGCAGGGUAUGGAGGGUGGCUAAUCUACACUGCUGCAUCAGCUGGUGACUUGAGUUUUGUGCAGCAACUUCUUGAGAGGAACCCUUUGUUGGUGUUUGGAGAAGGAGAGUAUAAUGUCACUGAUAUCUUUUAUGCUGCUUCAAGGGGCAAGAGUUGUGAGGUUUUUAGGCUGGUUUUUGAUUUUGCAGUUUCUCCAAGGUUUGUCACUGGCAAAGGCGGGGUUUUGGAGGAGCAUGUUGGUGGGGAUGUUCCUCCUGUUUACAAGUGGGAGAUGAGUAAUAGGGCUGUUCAUGCUGCUGCUAGAGGCGGUAGUGUGGAGAUUUUGGUGGAGUUUCUUGCUAAUUGCUCUGAUGUUUUGGCUUAUAGAGAUGCUCAGGGAUCUACUCUCUUGCAUUCUGCUUCAGGGAGAGGGCAGGUUGAGGUGGUCAAAUACCUCACAUCAUCCUUUGACAUUAUAAACUCCACAGAUCAUCAGGGAAACACUGCUUUGCAUGUGGCUGCUUACAGGGGCCAAUUAGCUGCAGUUGAGGCUUUAGUUUCUGCAUCUCCUGCAUUGAUCUCUCUGAGAAACAAUGCGGGAGAAACGUUCCUCCAUAAGGCCGUGUCCGGUUUUCAGUCCACCUCAUUCAGAAGAUUGGACAGACAGGUUGAGCUUCUGAGGCAGUUAGUGAGUGGUAAAAAAUUUCACAUAGAGGAAGUCAUCAAUGUAAAGAACACUGAUGGAAGAACUGCACUCCACAUUGCCACAAUAGGGAAAAUUCACACUGAUCUUGUUAAGCUCCUGAUGACUGCUCCAUCAAUAAAUGUGAAUGUGAGUGAUGCCAAUGGCAUGACCCCACUUGAUUACCUUAAGCAAAGUCCCAAUUCAGCAGCAUCAAAUGUGCUAAUUAGAAAAUUGAUUGCUGCGGGUGGAAUGUUCCAUCAUCAUAGUUCAAGAAAGGCCAUAGCCUCACACAUGAAAAUGCAUAGUAUUGGAGGCAGUCCUGGAACAUCAUUCAGAAUCUCAGACACUCAGAUAUUUUUGUACACGGGAAUUGAGAAUGCAUCAGAUGCUAGCACUGAUCAGGGAAGUGCAGGAAUGAGUUCUACUUCAUCAGAACACACUGCAUAUGACUCAGCAGCAGAGAACAGACCCCCAACAACAAGCAAAAGGCCUUCGGUCGCUGCCGGGUUGAAACGAGUCCUUCAGUGGCCAUUGGUGAAGGACAAGAAAGCUGAGGGGAUAAGGAAAUCAAUUGAUGAGGGUUCAUUGGACUCAUGCAGGAAAUGGGACAUCACAGAUGAAAUUCCAACCCCACUUAGACAAAAAUUCUUUAGGCAUUCUGUGCUUCCUAACAACAAAAGGAACCUUUCUGUGAGGAGUUACCAGUCAAGUCCAAAUGCUAAGAAGAGAUUUGCUUCAGGACUGGUACAUGUAAAGGUUUCAAGAAGAUCAAGCUCUAGUUCUUUUUCCAUAUCAUCAUUUUCAUCACCUAGAUCAACGGAUAAUAAGCAAAAGGGUUUUUGUGUUGACAAUGAUGUUGCUGGACCAUCUUGCUCAAAUCACCAAAAUGAUAAAUCUACAAAUUCAGGGAAGAGAACUUCUGUUAGCAAAAAGCUAAGGGGUCAUUAUUUCUGUUUCUCCAAAGCCUCAGUGAACAAGGAGCAAGAAAGUUAUUGUUACAAGGAUCAUGAUGUUUUUGUGAAUGGCUUAAUUGGAUGAAAAUUUGCUUAUUUCUGAACAGGCUAUUGUCAAAUACAGAAGAGGAAAAGAUGCUGCACCCAUGCAAAACUACACUGUCAAGAUUUGAGGGUGUCUAGUGCAUUCAUUUUGUUUGCAAGUUUUUAUAGAUAGUAUGUGAUGGAAUAAGAUUUGUUCAUCCAAUCCUUACCUCUACUUGUUAGUGGAACACUCCAUUGUUAAAACGUGCUUCUUAUUAUCCUAUCGACAUCAAGUUUGGUGUGUUCAGUUAGAAUCAGUAUUGCACAAUUACUAUGUAUAUUUUUUAUGUUCGGAAAAAGGUAAAAGUUAUGCACUAUAUAAUUGUAGCCUACGGGCAAAAAACGAUUCAAAGGAAAUUAGGCCUUAUUUUGAA